AAGUUUAAUUGAUAUGCUGCCGAAUUAAUAAUGUUCUUUUGGUACUCUUAACGUGGUGUGUAUAAGAGUAAUAAUUACAGGUCGUUUAUACGUAAGGGCUUACGCCUACGCUCAAGGCGAACGGCUCACCGGAAAACGUGUCGGCCUACGCCUCAGCGUUUUAAAACAUCUUCCGAUGGCCAUCGACUCUCUCGUUCUGGGCGCCGGGCAAGAGGUAGGCAAGAGCUGUGUGAUUGUGACGAUCAACGGGAAACGAAUCAUGUUGGACUGUGGUAUGCAUAUGGGCCACCUCGACCACCGCCGCUACCCUGACUUCUCCCUCAUCGGCCCAAACUUCAAUCAAACCCUCACUUGCAUCAUCAUCACUCACUUUCAUCUGGAUCACAUCGGCGCGCUCCCUUACUUCACUGAAGUCUGCGGUUACAGUGGCCCCAUUUACAUGACGUAUCCGACAAAGGCGCUGGCGCCUUUGAUGUUGGAGGACUAUCGGAAAGUGAUGGUUGAGAGAAGGGGCGAGGAGGAACAGUUUACGUCCGAGCAUAUUGUUGAAUGCAUGAAGAAAGUUAUACCGGUGGAUCUCAAGCAGACGGUGCAGGUUGAUAAGGAUCUUCAAAUCCGUGCUUACUAUGCAGGACAUGUUCUUGGAGCUGCAAUGUUUUAUGCAAAGGUGGGAGACGCUGCUAUGGUGUACACAGGAGACUAUAAUAUGACACCAGACAGGCAUCUUGGAGCAGCUCAAAUUGAUCGACUAAGUUUGGACCUUGUUAUUACAGAGUCCACAUAUGCAACAACCAUUCGUGAUUCAAAAUAUGCCAGGGAAAGAGAAUUUCUCAGAGCUGUUCACACCUGUGUUGCUGGUGGGGGAAAAGUGCUAAUUCCUUCAUUUGCUCUGGGAAGAGCUCAGGAACUCUGUAUCUUAUUGGAAGACUACUGGGAGCGCAUGGAUUUAAAGGUUCCUAUUUACUUCUCAGCAGGUUUGACCCGUCAAGCCAAUAUGUAUUAUAAGAUGCUCAUCAGUUGGACCAGCCAGAAAAUCAAAGAAACAUACUCCACACAUAAUGCAUUUGAUUUUAAAAAUGUUCACAAAUUUGAGCGGUCUAUGAUAGAUGCUCCUGGACCUUGUGUUCUGUUUGCCACACCGGGGAUGAUCAGUGGUGGUUUUUCACUUGAGGUUUUUAAGCACUGGGCUCCUUCAGAAAAGAAUCUUGUUACAAUGCCAGGGUAUUGCGUGGCCGGAACCAUAGGACAUAAAUUAAUGUCUGGUAAACCGACCAAAAUUGAUCUGGACAAGGACACCCGAAUUGAUGUGCGAUGCCAGAUUCAUCAAUUGACUUUCAGUCCUCAUACAGAUGCCAAAGGGAUUAUGGAUCUGGUGAAGUUUCUUUCUCCCAAGCACGUGAUACUUGUUCAUGGUGAGAAGCCUAGGAUGGCUACUCUGAAAGGAAGAAUUCAAUCCGAACUGGGAAUUCAAUGCUACGACCCUGCAAACAAUGAGACCGUGUCAGUUCCGUCCACCCACUAUGCGACAGCAGUAGCUUCCGAUGCAUUUGUCCAAAGUUGCUCAAAUCCGAACUUCAAGUUUUCUACAGGCGGCUCAGAACACGAACAAGGUUCAAGUUCGAGUAACAGAAAAUCCAUUCCGCGACUGCAAGUAAGUGAUGAUAGGGUAGCCGAAGGGAUCUUGGUUAUGGAGAAAAACAAAAAAGCCAAGGUAGUGCACCAAGAUGAGCUCCUGGUCAUGUUAGAAGAAAAGAAGCACCAAGUCAAGUUUGCAUAUUGCUGUCCUGCUCACAUUGGUAACUUGCAAGAGAAUCAAGAGACCGAAGGCACCGGCCUGCCUCUGUCCUCAACAAACAAUGAUCUGCUUCAGCUAUUGUCUGCAAAACUCGCAAAUGAACUCUCCGAGGGGAGCAUUCAAGAUUUCGGGGAUCACCUUCAAGUGGAUUUCUUAUUUCGUCAAAAAAAAAAAAAAAAUCUUUUUCUUUUUGUUAAGAUAUCUUUCUCUUUUUCUACGGCGGAGACGGCGACGGCUACGUCCACCGAGUCACGCGCGCCGCUUCUGCUUCCCCGGCAGGGGAGCGACGGCCGUGACUUGUCGGACCUCGGCUCCCCGACCCGCCCGGCCACGCUGGCCAUGCUGCUGGGCCGGGCCACGGGCCGGCGCGGGCCGUCCAUGCUGGUGAGGGAGACGGCGGCGCGCGAGCUGGACGAGCGGCGCGCCGACUGGGGGUACUCGAAGCCGGUGGUGGCGCUGGACAUGAUGUGGAACACGGCCUUCGUGGUGGUCUCGGUGGUGAUGCUGGUUCUGACCCGAGACGAGAACCCGAACACGCCGAUCCGGCUGUGGAUCUGCGGCUACGCGCUGCAGUGCUUUGUCCACGUGGCGCUGGUGUGGAUUGAGUACCGGAGGAGGAAUACGAGGAGAGGGAGGAGAGGGCCGGAGGUGCUGCAGCAGACCUCCGAAGCUGCCGAGGCUAAUGAUACUGAUGAUGAUGAAACAGCUACGGAUUUGGGGGUUCAGAGUCGUUCCAGUUGCUCUAAACGAUGUGAAUCAGUCAAUACAAUGGCAUCCUUUCUCUGGUGGAUAGUUGGCUUUUAUUGGGUAGUCUCCGGUGGUGAUUUGCUCCUGCAAAAUGCUCCGCGUUUGUACUGGUUGUCUGUGGUUUUCCUGGCAUUUGACGUCUUCUUUGCCAUCUUUUGUGUUGUUCUGGCAUGUUUGAUCGGAAUUGCUCUUUGUUGCUGUUUGCCAUGCAUCAUUGCAAUUCUAUAUGCUGUGGCAGGACAGGAAGGUGCAUCCGAAUCAGAUCUCAGUAUUCUUCCAAAAUACAGAUUUAGAAUAUCAGGCGAUGAAAAAUCUAGUGUAGGAGCAGGGAAAAUGAUUCCAAUGGAAUCAACCAGUGGGUACCUGGCAGUCGAGCGUAUUCUUUUACCAGAGGAUGCGGAAUGUUGUAUAUGUCUCAGCCAAUAUGAGGAUGGGGCAGAUCUUCACACUCUUCCCUGUAACCAUCACUUCCAUGCUAAUUGCAUUGUGAAAUGGCUUAAAAUGAAUGCAACAUGUCCUCUCUGCAAAUACAAUAUUCUCAAGGGAAGCGAACAGGUUUAAUGGAUUGAUAGGAACCUGCUAGUGGUUGGCUCUAUACACACUGGCCGUAUGUACAGAAAAUGCCAAGUCACAAAGAGCAAAGCCUUUGAAAUAGUUAUUGAGAUUGAACUACGACAAACAACUGAACCUCGUUUUGUCUGAUCGUGGCCAUUUGAGGUUGUCUUGAUUCCUUCCGUUUUUGUAUGUGCUCUUUCAUGCCUGUGCGAAAGUGGAGAAAAUCAUGUUAUUUUACUUCCUAGCUUCUUUUGAGGAAAACACUUGUUUUUCAUAUCUAAAUGUUCGUGUUGUUGAUAUGAGGUUCGGAAGGUGUAGGUGGUGUAACUCGGUUAUUCUUGCAUUUUGGCAUAUUGGCAUGGACUGAUUUAGGGUAAGGAUGUAUUUCCUGUAUGUGAUAUAUGAUUACAGAAGAGAUCAAGUGUGUCUUGAUCACGCAUCACAGUGAA